CCGCACAUGCGCAGUCAUCCUGGAGCCUUUACCAAGCAGCGGACGCAGAAAAGCAGGAGAAAAGGGGACAAUACGGUAGUUCUACGCGACGGUAGUUGAAAUAUGUGUGCUUAAAAGAAAGAUAUUUGAAACGGUUAAGGUAGAGGACAGCAGCACAGACGGUUAGAAAUCAUCUAAGUGCCUCAGAAAGCCGAACCUACCGUCCAGUCAUCUGUUCGGUUUGUCGUAGAGGGAAGGAAGAUUGUGUUCGCCCAAAGAGACGCAGCGCAAGUGAAACCAUGAAUCCUGAGUAUGACUAUCUGUUCAAACUGCUCCUCAUCGGAGACUCUGGUGUGGGAAAAUCCUGUCUUCUUCUCCGCUUUGCUGAUGACACGUACACAGAGAGCUACAUCAGCACCAUCGGAGUGGACUUUAAGAUCCGCACCAUCGAGCUAGACAGCAAGACUAUCAAACUGCAGAUUUGGGACACCGCAGGUCAGGAGAGGUUUCGGACCAUCACCUCUAGUUACUAUCGUGGUGCUCAUGGCAUUAUAGUUGUAUAUGAUGUUACCGAUCAGGAAUCUUAUAACAACAUCAAACAGUGGCUGCAGGAAAUCGACCGCUAUGCCAGUGAAAAUGUUAACAAACUUCUGGUGGGCAACAAGUGUGACCUAACUACUAAGAAAGUCGUCGACUACACAACAGCCAAGGAGUUUGCUGACUCUUUGGCCAUCCCCUUCCUUGAGACAAGUGCCAAGAAUGCCACCAACGUAGAGCAGGCUUUCAUGACCAUGGCUGCUGAGAUCAAGAAGCGCAUGGGCCCUGGGGCCACUGCCAGUGGGGAUAAGCCUAACUUAAAAAUUGAGAGCACCCCAGUGAGGCAGUCUGGAGGUGGCUGCUGUUAAGGGACCCCCACCGUCAUGUCCCCCGUCUCACUUUUACCCCCAAACAUCACCCCACCCCCUGCCCCUCCAAACUCUUUCCAGCCUGCUUUUUUAGCCCUCCCUUGCUUUUAACACACCUGGGCAUCAGAAAAAGUUGCACAGUGAGGAAGAUGAACCACAUUGAGUUGUUAAGAUCUUAUUGAAAUAUGGUAAAUGUUGUAGGCCUGCCAAGUUAGAGAAAGGCAGUGAGUCUGUCAUGGGUGAAGAUGGUGGGAAGCAACCAGAUCUGAUGCAGUGUAAAGGUUUGCCUAGAGCAAUGGUGUCCAAAGUCAGUCCUAGAGGAUGUUUUUAGUCUGGUCCUGGUUCAGCAAUACAGAAAUUAUGUUGUGCUUAAUUAGUAGGCCUCUGCAGACCUUGGAUAUGCUGGGGAGGUAAAUCAUAAUUUGAACCCGAUGUGUUGGAGUAGCGACAAAUCUAAAAUAUGGAGGACAGCAGCCCUCAAGGACUGAAGUUGGACACCCCUGUCCUAGAGGAAGAAAGACUGUGAUUACAGGGAGGAUUGGUAUUGAUACAGUGUAAUACAGAAAGACUUUGUUUGGAUUAAAGACAGAUUAUUCCUAUACACAUAGUUAGAAGAGUUAAACAGACUUAAGUCUUAUGACCAAACACAUUUCCUCUCUAGGUGUCGUCUUCAUCCCCCUCACCCUCGGAGCCACCUUCAUUCCCAUCCAUUCCCAGCCCACACCGUUGUGCAGUAGUAACCUGCCUAAUAACCAUCAUAACCAUUCCGUUAAGGCUCCGGAUGAAACUCUCUCAGGCAACCUCCUCUCCGUCCCACUUCAUUAGCUUCCUCUUAGCCUGCAGGACAAACGUUCAGUUUUAACAUUUGGGGCCUUAAAUGUCUGCUGACAUCACAACCUAUUUCUUAGCUACAUGGUGACAUCUAACUUCUCACUCUGUUUGCUCGUAAAACACUCAUACGGAUGCCUUCAGUGUUCAAACCACAUCUCCUAACUGGGCUGGGUGGAUAGAAGCGUAAGGUACAGCAGCUGAAAUGAUCGCUGUCCCUGUUGCUGCUGGUGAAGAAUCUCAUGGCAUUCUUUGAAGCUGGCAGCAACAGGCAGCUCAUCAGAUUCCACAUGCUGACAUGAGAGCUGCAUGUGAUGUUGUUGGAACCAUAAGCUUUCCUUUUGUAAGUUGCUAGUCCCUCAAUGAUCUAAUAUCUAGCAGAAACUUUCCAGUAAGACACUAAAUAUUUCUGUCAGCAGGUGGCAUUAUUUCUCAAAGGGUAGAUGCAUGACAAGGACGUGGAAGCAUUUGGCACCAGCUUCAUUAUUGUUGGGGUUUAAUAGUAAUAUUUUAUCUGACCUGAUAUGGUUUCAGAAUGACAUUUCAUGUGAAGCUAAGGUACAGUCUCAGCUUUUGGCCUCAUCCCAAAACUUUUGUAUCUUUGCUAAGAUGACUUAGUGGUUUGGGACACACCUGUUGGACCCAUGGUCCCAGUGCUUCGCCUGUGAUCUUUUUCAGUGAACUGCAUCAUAACAACUAUUAUUAUAAUGUAUGUGAAUAAAAAUAAUAUUAUUCACAUACAUUAAUUUGGAAGCUAGCAGAUUUGUCCAUAGCUGUUCUUAUUUAUAAAGGUUUUUCAGUUGAGUUGAUCAGGAUAACUGUGCAGAACGUAGGGCAGCCAGGACAUCAACCUUUAUCUGGCCUUUUCUGUUUAAUGUAAGAUGCUUGAAAUUUUUAGGGGGAAAAAAACAGCCCAUGAAGGACACAAAGACCGUAAACGUUAACGCCUAUGAAAGAGUUUUUGUCAGAAGUUUAGCCUCCAGUUCAUUUAUCACUCACACUGCAGAUUCUCAACACAAAAAGGUUUGAUGGCCAGAACUGAUAACUUUAGAGCAAACCUGAUCUGAUCAGGCUGGAGGACAUUCCAGUUAUAGGGACUAGUUGUCACUGACAGAUGUUGGUGUUGUGCCAUCAGUGAGUUAGCAGUCUGUUAAUGCCUGGAGUUCUGAGCAGCUCUUCUCCUUAGAUGGCUAUGGAAGGGCAAAAAGUCUUGGUGGCAUGUUUAGGGAAAGUAGAAGGAAUGUAAGGAACCAAUGUCCGUCUCCAGUAAGUGAAGGAUCUCCUAACAGCACUGAGCCUCCUGCUGUAAACCAGAAUUGGAAAAUCACUUAAAUUAUUAGAAAGAAAAACUUCUAAAACUAAACUGCACUUGAGUGGUGUCAAGAUCAGCCUUGGCGACUUCAUCCGGAGUUUCAGGGACUGACUGGUCUUGGAUUGCUGACCGGAUAUGAACUCCCUGAUUUUCCCAUUAUGCCCAAGUUUCUACUUUGCUCACACAGCUGGGUUCCCCUAUAAAAACCUUAGGAGAAGCAUGGCCUUCAGCUAGGACCCCAACGGGUUCUUUCUUUCUAAGCAUUAGGUCUGUUUCUGCACUGUUUUCUGGCUGCCUCUCAUCACACUGGGGUCUGUUUUAUCAAGUUGAAUCUGAUGUUGAAAAAUCCUUGAGCAGUAAGUGCAUACAGAGUAGGUCAAAGGUCACACUGGGCACUUUAAAGCUGUCUGAAACCCCCCUCGCUUUCACCACAUCACGCCAUUCUCCCUUGUGUAGAUGCAGAACUAGAAAUUAUGAAUAAAGCUGUCCUAUUCACACAUGGAUGUUUGGGCUAUGAUUACAUGUCUUUUCUUCAUCUGGUCUUUAUAUUAUAGGCUACUGAUUUUGGUGUAUUCAUUGAAUACUAUGCUGUGUGUAGUCCAUGGAAGUAUGAGAGGGGACACUGAUCUGGGUGGGAUGGCUGAUUAUUAGGUGGGGUUGAAUACAGAGGGAGUGGGGUUUUUGCUCAUGAAUGUGAUUUGCGUUUGCUUUUUUUACUUUUUACUUUGGAUUAUUUCGGUUAAAGGGGGUAUUUUGUGUCGUUUGCACAAUUCUUUAUUGCUUUUUAAUAGUUAAAUACAGCAAAGGCACUCAUUAGAAGGUGUUUGUUAACAAACACCAGGUAAUAGCUGUCAUGUCACUUUUUUGUCUUGUUUGGCUUGGUCCCUUUGGUUCUGUCUUACUGCAGAGUUUGAUCAUGUCUUUUUCUGUACAUAUUAAAAAGAUAUAUGUAAUAAAAUUCUCAAAAAUAAUGACUGGAAACCCAGUCUGAAAUGUC